CUAGGUCAUUUUCUCUCACAAGCACCAAUUGAACACACGUGAAGGGAAAGAAAGCAACCAGAAACAUGAAGGGGAGAAAUGAUCCAACAAAUUCCAAAUUCUGCCAACAAAACUAAUUAAAUGAAGCAAAAAAUAAUUUAAUUUCGAUGCUUUUGAGGACCCUGCAACAGAUCGGGCCACCAUUUAAGUUUUCUCCCCCAAACCAGCCAUGGCCGUCGCCGCCUCCUCCAUCUUCCCGUUCCCCGCCACCGCCGCAAUUACAGUUCCAGCCCGCAGGGUCAGCUUCUCCAUCAAAGCCACGUCGCCCCAAAACUACAGCGCCUCACCACCACCGCCGCCGCCGUCGGAGAAGAAGUCGUUGGCCGCGGCCACCGGCGAGCUCUUCCUCGGAAUCGCGUCGCGGAUUUUGAAGAAGAGUGGGUCAAUCGUCGAUGGAAUAGAGGACUGCGAAGUGCCGGCGGUGGAGAUGUUCGCGGACGAGGAGAGGCAGAUGGAGUGGUGGUGGCGGCGCCGGAGGAAGGAGAGAAUCGGCGCCGUGGUAGAGGACCCGGUCCAGCCGGACGUGGUGUGGGAGCAAAUGGUGGAGGAUGUGGAGGCCGAGCGGCGGCGCAAGGAGGUUACUAGCCCCGGUUUUAGUUUUUCAGCCGCCGGGCUUCUGUUUCCCUACCAUCUUGGUGUAGCUCAGUUUCUCAUUGAGAAGGGUUAUAUCAAGGAGACAACACCACUGGCUGGUUCGUCUGCUGGUGCUAUUGUGUGUGCAGUGAUUGCAUCUGGGGCUAGCAUGGACGAUGCACUUAAAGCUACCAAGAUAUUGGCUGAAGAUUGUAGGCUUCGUGGGACUGCAUUUCGCCUUGGGGCUGUGCUUCGAGAUAUUCUGGAGCAGUUUUUACCCGAUGAUGCUCAUAUGAGGUCCAACGGAAGAGUUCGUGUUGCAGUAACCCAGAUCUUAUGGAGGCCGAGGGGUUUACUUGUUGAUAAAUUUGACUCUAAAGAAGAUUUGAUCAAUGCAGUGAUCACGUCUUCUUUUAUUCCAGUAUAUCUUGCUCCAAGGCCAGCAACAAUGUUUCGGAAUCGGUUAUGCAUAGAUGGAGGUUUGACUUUGUUCAUGCCGCCAACUUCUGCUGCUCGAACGGUACGUGUCUGUGCUUUCCCUGCAAGCCGUUUGGGAAUACAAGGGAUAGGGAUUAGCCCUGAUUGCAACCCGGAUAACAGGGCUAGUCCUCGGGAGCUUUUCAAUUGGGCACUCGAGCCUGCAUCGGAUGAUAUUCUCGAUAAGCUUUUUGAGCUUGGAUAUAUGGAUGCAGUUGUGUGGGCCGAGCAGAACCCAGUCGACAAAACAGUUCAAAAUGACAGUGAAUUGUCUUGAAAGUGGCCACAGACAACUGUUAAAUAGAGAUAAAAAUUUGAGAAAAGUCAUGUCAUGGAUUGUCUUAAAUCUUGAAACUUUUUGUUUGUACUUAAGAUACAACUAGAUUCUGUUUUGGGAUGUUUUUGUACAGCAAGAGCAAUGUAGAUAAUGAAUUUGAAUGGAUUAAAUAGUGCACACAAGAAUGAAUAAUCACAAAUUAGAGAAUGCUUAAUAAGAUUCAAUGGUAUUCUACAUUACCUAAUUUCCAGUUGUGCUUUGGUUUUAUCUUCUGUUUUCUCAUUUAUCUCCUUUGGAGAACAUAAGGUGCUACUUUCUGCAUUUCAAUGUUUGUG